GGUCUUCCAGACGCCCGGUCCUCUCCACUGAACUCCAACCCCCGCGCUCUCUAUCAGCAUCUCAUUCCUGUCUCAAUAUGUCUCAAGAUGGCGGCCAAUGCAGGAUCGAUGUUUCAAUAUUGGAAGCGCUUUGACUUACCACAACUACAGAAAGAACUAGACGCCACCGCCACACAGCUUGCCAACAGACAGGAUGAGAGCGAACAGUCAAGGAAGAAACUCAUCGACUUGAGCCGCGAGUUCAAGAAGACGACUCCAGAGGAUUUACGGAAACAGGUUGCACCUCUGCUGAAGAGCUUCCAAGGAGAGAUUGACGCCUUGAGUAAAAGAAGUAAAGAAGCAGAGGCUGCCUUCUUGAACGUGUACAAGAAAAUAAUCGAUGUCCCAGACCCUGUACCUGUGCUGGAGCUGGCUCAGCAGCUGCAGCUGAAGCUCCAGAGGAUGCACGACAUUGAGACAGAGAACACCAAGCUGCGAGAGACACUGGAGGACUACAACAAAGAGUUUGCAGAAGUUAAAAACCAAGAGGUGACCAUCAAGGCCUUGAAGGAGAAGAUCCGCGAAUAUGAGCAGACUCUGAAGGAUCAAGCUGAGAACCUGGCCCAAGAGAAGCAGCUCCAGCUACAUAAUGACUAUGCAGAGAAGGAGAGGAAACUCCAGGAGAGUCAGGACUCCAUGUCUUCAAGGUUGAAAGAGGCUGAACACAAGGCCCAGUCCCUGCAGACAGCACUUGAAACAACUCAGGCUGAGCUCUUUGAUUUGAAGACAAAGUAUGACGAGGAAUCCACAGCAAAGGCUGACGAGAUUGAGAUGGUGAUGACAGACUUGGAAAGAGCUAAUCAGCGAGCAGAGGCAGCCGAGAGGGAGGCGGAGGCGCUCAGAGAGCAGAUGUCAUCAACUAACCAAUCCCAACGGCUCAGCAGUCCCACCAAGGCCGACCCUGACUCGGAGCAGGCAUCAGAAGGGGCAUCGCACUCAAACCUGGAGGUGGAGCUCAGGGCCAAAGAAAGGGAGACUGCCCAGCUGGUGGAGGAUGUCCAGAGACUGCAGGCCAGCCUGACCAAACUCCGAGAGACCACCAGCUCCCAGAUCUCUCAUCUGGAGCAGCAGCUUGGCAGCAAGUCUGCAGUUCUCAAGGAACUGGAAGAGAAAUUGGAAAGGCAAGCUGACUAUGAGGAGGUCAAGAAAGAGCUAAGUAUCCUCAAGGCUAUGGAGUUUGGAAGCGACUCAGUGCAGGACUCUUCCAAACCUCUGGAGGUGCUGCUGCUGGAGAAGAACCGGACUCUUCAAUCAGAGAGUGCCGCUCUGCGCAUCGCCAACACUGAGCUGAGCGGGUCAGCCAGGCGAAAAGGGACAGAAGAGUCCACAACGAAGGAGGACGCCGUCAAGAGCGACCCCUCUUCCUCGCCACCUCCUCCACCUUCCUCUCUCCCCUCCUCCUCUCAGCACCCAUUAUCUCGCACUCACAUAGACCCCCUAAACACUGCCACCACCAGCAGCGAAACUCAACCCUUCACUCCCACGGGCAUUGGACAGGAGCUGUACUCCCCCAUGUUCCCCCUGGUUGGCAGUAAGAUGGCUCUGAAUUCUCUGAUUCAGCGGCAGCUGCUCCAAACGUUCUAUUCGAAAGCCUUGCAGGACUCCUCGGGAAUCCACAGCGGUGCCCUGCUGUUCACCCCCUUCACUCCGGCCCUCAGCUCCAUCCCUACCUCCACCCCUGGCUCAGGGUCCGCUGCCAUCCCCCUGGCAGCCAGCAGCCCCCAGCCCCCUCCAGCCAGUCCUGAUAUGGCUCCCGUCAACGGGAGCAGCACCGUGGGCAGCGCCCCUUCCCCGUCGCCCAGCCACUCCGACGCCACCACGGGCAGCGUCCUGGACGGGGAGGACAUGGACACCGCGGAGAUCGCCCGUCAGGUGAAAGAGCAGCUGAUCAAGCACAACAUAGGCCAGCGGGUGUUUGGGCACUACGUGCUGGGACUGUCUCAGGGUUCAGUCAGCGAGAUCCUGGCCAGACCAAAGCCCUGGAACAAGCUGACCAUCAGAGGAAAGGAGCCCUUCCACAAGAUGAGGCAGUUCCUCGCUGAUGAGCAGAACAUCCUGGCGCUGCGCAGCAUUCAGGGACGACAGAGAGAGGGCUCGGGCCAGCCCCAGCUUAGCCGAGUGUUUCAGGACGCUCCGAAGCGGAGAACCCACUCCAAUACACCUUCACACACAGGUAACAUUACUGCUCGCGUCCGCACACCAGAGGCAGGCUCAGAUGAAGCUAUCAAGUCCAUCCUGGAACAGGCCAAAAGAGAGCUGCAGGUGCAGAAAGCCGACUUGUCCCAUGCUCAGCCUUCUUACACGGGACUAAAAGGAGGGGGCGGAGGUGGCAUAGGGAGCGGAGGAGGCAGUGGAUCAGACGAAGCUAUCCGCUCCAUCUUGGAGCAAGCGCGCCGAGAGAUGGAGGCUCAACAGGCUGCGUUGGAGCCCAUUCUUAAAGCUUCAUCUGCAUCUUCCUCCUCUGCAUCUUUGUCUCAGAGAGACAUCCUGAGCUCUACUCUUACCGCCCCGCUCCCACCCUACAACCCCCUAGCUCUCUCCCUCAAGAAGCCUCCGAGUUCCCACUUAUCCUCGCCUCCGUCCCCAUCUCCAGUCCUGGACUUCAGCUCCGGUGGAAAGAGAGAGGGCCGAGCUUCCUCAGGUAUCGACAUGUCGGCUGAUGGGGCAUUCAGGUUGGGCCGCUCCUCUGAGGGUACUGCCCGCCCCGGAAGCGCCAUAGGAGGGGGUUACUGGAGAGAGCAGUGGUGGAGCAACAUGCACUCAGACCAUCGGAGGACCAUGUCCAGCCAGGUGGGAGAGGAAAACCACAACCAGGAAGACUCCAAAGAGGGCAUAUUGAGUGACAGUUUAACUCGACACAAACCUUGGAACAAGUUGAAUCAGAGGAGCAGAGAGCCGUCAUACCUUCGCAUGCAGACGUGGCUCAAUGGAGACCAGGGGCAAAACGCACACAUCCAGCAAGCUCAGAACCAAGCAGAGGGCACUCCCAAGACGUCGGCAAGCUGCAGCCCCGCUCCCGAGUCCCCGCUCAGCUCAGCCGAGGAGUCUGUCAAUGGCCUCGCCGGGGAUCCCCUCGCCUCUCAGUCCUCCAGCCUCAAACCUCCGUCUGAAGAUCCCUCAGGUGGGGAGUCUCAGCCCGGCACCCCGCUGCCUCUACCGGGCCACUCGGGUCUCAGCAUCCAGGAGAUGGUUGCCAUGUCUCCUGAGCUCGAUACUUAUGCUAUCACCAAGAAGGUUAAGGAGGUGCUAACUGAUAAUAACCUCGGUCAGCGACUGUUUGGGGAGACCAUCCUGGGUCUGACUCAGGGUUCCGUCUCAGACCUGCUGGCCAGGCCUAAACCCUGGCACAAGCUGAGCCUGAAGGGCAGGGAGCCCUUUGUUCGGAUGCAGCUGUGGCUCCAGGACCCACACAGUGUGGAGAAACUUAUGGACAUGAAACGCCUGGAGAAGAAAGCUUACAUGAAAAGGCGACUGAGCUCUCUGAGCGACGGCCAUUCUGUGGAAGGAGUUUUGUCGGGGCCAGAUUACAUGCAGGGCUCCCAGAGCCCAGGAGGACAGCAGCAGCUGAAGAAGGCCAGGGUGGUCUUAGGCCCCGAGGAAAAGGAGGCCCUAAAAAAGGCGUAUCAGCAGAAGCCCUAUCCUUCCCCUAAAACCAUUGAGGAGCUGGCCUCCCAGCUCAACCUGAAAACCAGUACGGUCAUCAACUGGUUUCAUAAUUACAGGUCACGCAUCCGAAGAGAACUUUUCAUAGAGGAGAUCCAGGCAGCUGGAGGGGUAGGGCCCGGCAGUGAGGGGGGUUCUCCUUCUCUCCGUGGGUGCAAAUCAGGAGAAGGGGACAGCUGUGACGGGACAGAAUCUGAGGGCACAGUCGAGACCCGCCAGGGACUGGGGAUUGGCCUGGAGGAUCACAGAGGAGCAUGCAAAGACCAAGGAAUGGAGGUAGAGUCCGAGGCAGGGGCCUCUAAUAAUUCCCCCGCACAGUUAGACUGCACCACCUCAGGCUUAGCUGGACCAGGCUCCAGCUGUGGACAAAGUGGACUGGGCAUCUUCAGCCUCACAGAGGCAUCCUCCACUAGCUCUGCCUCGAGUACAAACAUCCCAGCCUCUGGCCCGACCAGAAACCCCAGGGACAACAAUCUGCGCAAGAAGAAGGCAGCCAAUCUCAAUAACAUCAUCCACAGGCUGGAGAAGGCUGCCAGCAAAGAGGAUCCUUCAGAGUGGGAGUUCUAGCUCUCCCUGACCCUCCCCAUCCUUAUCGUCUCAUAACCUCACGACCUCUAACCUUGGACCCCUCCUGCUCUGUUUCAGUCGGAGAGUGGACACAGCCAAAGUCAAGCUCAGCAGCCAUUUUUAUUGCAUAGAAGCUUUCCAAAAAGCAGGAAAGAAGCAAAGAGUGGUUGGCAAAACCCUUAAAGAAGAUUUUACUGAGUACGUAGAAGAACAAAAUAAGAGAAUUCUCUCUCCUGUUUUUUUUAAACUGAGUUUUGUUUUUGUACUGAGAAAAAGCACUUAGCCGUCCUGCUGGCCUCUGGCCCUGCUGUACCUCCCCUUAUCACCAGCCACUGGUGCACCAGACUGGUUAGUCCUGAGCUGGGGUCUGACCCGCAGCUGGGGUUCGAACCUGGACUCAGUAUCACAGGCAAGGCCUGACACAGCAGCUGUCACAGUGAUAGACACUGAUAGACGAUAGAUAGAGACAGAAACUCUCUUACAAGAACUCUCACUUUCUUAAAGGAGAUUUUUUCCCCUCUUUCUUCUCACCUCCCAAGUGUCCACAAACCUCCCCUCACUCAGUGAGACGCCUCAUUUUUUCACACUGUAGAGUGACUGUUACAAACCCUUUGCCUUUUUCACUCACUGUGUGUGUGUUUGUACGUUAGGGGUUGUGUCAGUGUGCACCUGUGUUUGUGUUUUAUGUGUGUGAGUGUGUAUACACCUAAAUGUGGUGCGUAUGGUGUUCUCUUCUCGGCGACACCAUGUUUUCUUUAAGUCACUCCUACACUCUUACGAGGGUUAGUAGAAUGCCUGCUGGCCGAGCUGCCAUGGUUACUGAAAAUAAGACAGAUGAACUUUGACCUGUUCUGUCCCAUAUCCUGUCCUGCUGACAGCCAUGUGAUGGCCAGAAGGAUCAUUUUAAUUCCUCACAAACAUACGCACUCACCUGAAGCGGAAGGACGGAAGAAGGCGGCUUUUUCUGCCUUCUUCUGACCGUUCUUUUUAGGAUUGAGGAUGAUCUGUUUUUGAUACUGCAAUUUGGUUGCCAAUAAGAGAUUGCACAGUCUAUCGACUCUAAAGAGUACAAAAUAGGGAAUUUUAGGAAGCCUUUUUAAUAAGAACAAAACAACAGAAAAGAAGAGAGUAACAAGUUAUUGUUAAAAUAAAAAAGUAAGCAAAUUAAAAUGGAAUAAUGUUGCGUUGUUGAGACACAAUACGGUGAAUCCAUGUAGUACUGUAGUUGUCUGACAUGGUGAUGCUGUACGUGUUUCUCUUGUUGGUUUGUUAGGUUGUGCACGUCACAGCUGGGUGUGCGUUUGCACCACUUACAAAAAGAAACUUUCUCUGUUCACAAACAUGUUUUUAUAGGCCAAAUCAGGAAGAGUGUGUGUGUGUGUGUGUGUGUGUGUAUAUUUUUGUGUGCAUUUAUACUUGCCUGCAUGUAAGUCAGGGUUGAGGUCAAGUCACGCAGUAAAGACAUAUAUUAUAAAUCUUGACUGAAAAAAAGAAGGGUUUCAGCACAUUUUAACUGCUGAGCUCGAUUGUGGUGUACUUUCUGCUGGUUUCCGUCGACGCGAGUUCACCCCCACCCCUCGUCCUCCUCCGCUCUUUCCUGAUUGUGAGUAGUUUCCACUCUUCUGUCUUUCCAGUAUCCAGGGAUGUAUGUCUUUUUUGCAUUGAAUUCUACUGUAAACACUACAAACUUUUAAGGCAUAUCACUUCCCUCCCCUGUCCACAACAAGCCCUCAGUGCCUGUCAGCCCACUGCCUCCCCCUUUGUGUGUGUGCGUGCAAGUUUGCAUGGAUGCACGGACAUGCGCAUGCUCGUGUGUGAGCGAUCGAGGAGCGUUGGGCGUUUUCAAUGAGUGGGGUCAUAUUUGUAUAUCUACUUGCACACACUACUAGUGCACAACUGACACCCUUCUUUAAGCUGUUUGAUGCGUUACCAUUGCAUUAACCUUCUCACAAAGUAGUGUAAUACUAUGAUUUACUGUAGCUUGGUUUUAUUGCUAUUUUGCAUUUAUAGUUUGGUUUUUAUUCUGCUUAUUUAUAGGUGCUGUAUUUUUUUUUUUUUUUUCAUUUAAUGUCUUAUCAUAUGAGUUGUCUAUUUUUUAAGGGAUUAUACUGUUCCUGAGGGCAAGUAACAUUUUUAUUAUUAGACGUAUAGACUGCCGGCAGUAUUGGUUAAUAUUUACAAAGAUGUACUAGUUCUCAUUUGUUUGUAUAUUCAUGAAUCCUAAAGUUUAGUGUCAUUUCAAUAGCUUUGGAAAUGUGUUUGCUACAGUUCAUGCUCCCAUAAGCAUAAAAGCUCUUACCACAACUGUUAUGCUCUUAAAUUGCUAGCUAAAGAAUCAAAGGACAUAUCAAGAUCACUGAAUAUAUGUCGUUCUAUUUGUUUCUAUUCUGGGAUAAUGAUGUUUUGCUUCUCUUCCUUGGGCAACUUCAACACUAACACUCAGCAGGGCACGCAGCUCUUUCUUUAGCCAGACUUCGCCGAGCCAUUAAUCACACGAACACGAUUAACCGGUCCGAAUUUGUACUCAUUUAGUCAAAAAGGUCAAAUCAAAUUACCUAAACUUGAGAACGCAUGCUCACUGGAAAGAGGUCAUAUCUGCCAAAUUGAGAUUAGAGAAGCGUACCAGCGAGCAGGACGUGCUGCGCCAUAUCGAGCAGAGAUAGCCAGCCUAUGAUUAUGCAGAAUUUCUAUUGCAGUUAGCAAACUAAGCACUUAUUGAGGAUCUUUUUAUGACUUAAACCUCGGACAGGGUCUGUAAACACUACUACGGAGUACGAUCCCAGGGAUCCUAGGAGGUGUUUGCCUUUUCUUUAUUUUUAAUAGUGGUUGUAAGCCAAGCACAGACUCUUAUCCGCAUCUGAACACUAAAAAAAUAAUAAGAUGGCUGUGCCCAGGUCAAACACACGAUAAACUGUAAUCCUGUCCAAACUACAGAUGACUGUGUGACACAAUAAGUUGUUGUCCUGUACAGUUGUAGAUAUUAUGAGUGACCACCUGUUUUGAUCUCCAUACUUAAGCUUCCCCUUUCUCCUGACUUGUUCAUCCAGAUUAGCCGACAUGGUCUUUGCACUGAUACGUUUGCUCAAAUUGGAUUUUCUAAAACAGGCGCGUCUCAGUAAUUUAGAAUAUAAUUGAAAGGUUAUUUCAUUCACUCAGUUCUAAAAAGUCAAACUCUUAUACGUUCAUUUUACAUUAUGUGAUAUAUUGAAGGUGCUUAUUUCCAUUCAUUUUGAUGGUUACAACUUGCACUUAAUAAAAACCUAAAAUUCAGUUCUUAAAAAUGAGAGUUGUUGCAUUAGACUAAUAAAGAGGAAUAUUUUGGGAAGAAAUGUGGGUCUACUGAAAGCAUGUUCAUUUACUGUCUUUCUGUACUAUGGUUCUGUACCAGGUUCUGAUGGAGAAUUAAACUGGCAUCGUCACACAGCAAUGAAGUGUUCUAAAACGUUCUGGUAGACGUCUGCUUUGACUUUGGACUUAAAUAAAACAUCGUGGACCAAAACAAAUUCAGAAACUGAAUUUGGGGUUUUUGUUGGCUGUAAGCUAAAAUCUUAGAAAUGACCCAAAAUAAAGUUGAAUUACUGAAAAUUAGUUUUCAAUAAAACUUCAAAUCUACCGAGAUGCACCUACGGUCGUCAGACUCAUUGAAUCAUUGUCUCCUCCUGCGGACGGACGAUGUGAGACAUCCGCCCUCCGCGGCAUGCCGAGGUCCUUCUCCAGGCGGCUCUGGACCGGGCCACCACGGCGUGUUUCACACUAACCAGUAGCCUCCGUAAAACACGAAGCACUUAAACCAUCGCCCGUUUUUAUAGCCAGUUCCAUCAGCUUGCCUGAACCACGUGAGAUCAUCAGAUUCGUGCCUUUAUCUGCCAAGCAGGGCACCAAACUAGUGAUGUCAAUAGACAGUUUCAGCUGAUGUCUCACUCCAGAUCCACCUUCCACUAACUUCAUUUUGGUACUGAAAAUGUUUGUCAGAGCGCAGCGACACAAACGUGUGUUCUUAUGACGGAGCCGCAGUCAUAUUUCAGUCUAGAUCCUUGUGUUUGGCAUCUCCCCUGCCUCCACCCACCCCACCCACCCCUCAAUGCGUUUUCUGUUGUACAUAAACUAGCAGCAAAGCAAAAGCCAGAGCAUUGAAUGAAGGAGGAAGCAUGCAGAAACAGCAGCAUACACUGUAAGAACACUGAAUUUAUUCACGGGGCAUUUUUGUAAUGAUUUAGUUUUACGUCAGGUUUUGCUGUGACAUUAAUAACGGCACUACAUGUGUUGAUAAUGACGCGUGCCAAUUCUAAUGGGAGGUAAAACAUGAGAGGCGGGUGUAAAUAUGGAGCCGACUGAUUCGCUUUUUGUCACAGCGCGCUUCUCGUUUUGAAGGCAGGAGAGAGGAGAGAAGGGACGAUUCAGGACUUUUCCAUGAUCCACAGAUAUUUUUCUACAAAUUUAAAUCAGAUGAUUCUAUACACUGUUGAAUAACAUUGUAAAGGUGUAACAGAUGCUGUUUAUCAUAUCAUGUUUUCUGAAGUUGUGAAAGCUUUACUGUAUGAUCUGUUGUGAUGUAGUAGUUCGUUGUGUUGGAAGCCGGAACAGCAGCAGCAGCACUGGUCACCACAUUCAGGAGAAAAAAACGAGAAAAAAAAAGCGAAACCUCAGAUGUUUUUUGUAAUACUUUUAGAAUAUAUCCUAUGAGGUGGGUUUUUUGUAAGGAAACACUUUCUGAAUCAGCGGUGCUGUACACAUAGCACACUCAGUAAUACAUUUAUUUACACAUAGCACAGCACAAUACCCUCAUCCCUCCCCCGGCCCGUCCACUUUGUUUUCCCUCUCACCGCUCAUUUGAAGUCUUAAGCCAUCAUCUCUUAGUUACUUCACACUUCGGCCAGUGACUUCAACAGAUGUUGACAGAUGUUUCUCGUUUCUCUGGAAAUGAGAAACAUUUCAAGACGUAAAGAAGAAGAAGCAAAAAAAAAAAAGAAAACAACAACAAAAAAAAGCCAAAUAGUGACGUAGUUCUCCGCUUCGGUUGAGAGGUGGUCGGCAGAUUUCUGUGUUGCUACCUAGUGCCGUCGCUUCUGUUCGUUCAUAGCUUGAACCACAGUGUAGUCUGACAACCAAAUGACCCGGAGGGAGAUCUUCACCCCCCUGUAUACCCCCACCCCCUCUUCCUCCCUCUUUUGGAAAGCUUUAAGAUACUCGUUGAGGCUUUAGCAGGUUCAGAGUGUUUCUAGAUGAUUUUCUCCAACCCGCCAUCAACAACGUGAAAGUAAUAAUCCUCAUAACUUCUCCCACUGCUUAUUUUGUGAGUGUGUGCGUGCGAGCGAGCGGACGUGUGUGUCGUAGUACAAGAGGCUGCAUGACUGUAAAGGGAUGUUACAAUGUUUUUAUUCUGUUUUUUUUAAUAAGUGGUUUCUUCAGCACUUCUGUCACUCCUGAGAUGCUUUUAUUUCUCUGUCCUUCGGGGUGUCCCUCUGUUUGGUUUAUUUCCUCAUGUAUCAUUGUUUCUUUUAGCUUUCUAUUUACUAAACGUAUCAUGUUUGUUCUCAGCACUGUAAAACAGUCCCUUCUACGACAUUGAAAAGCAAUAUCACUGUAUGAAACGUUCACAAUGUAUUUGUUAUGAUUGACAUUUGAUUCAUCAUUAUUAUUCACAUGCACCCUAGGUGUGAUAAUUGAAGUAAAUCUCUUUUAUACAAAUACUAAAA